ACUGAAAUUCUGCAUCUCGACAGCAAUCAACGAUUUUUUUUUGUUCUACAAAAUUAAAAUUUUUUUUAGUGUUCAUCAAUCAUGGAACCGCCAUUCGAUUUUACAUGUGAUUCGGUAAUAUUAGAUGGAUACGCGAAAAAUUUAUUAAAUUCAUCAACUAUAACUGUUCAUGAAACGUUUGAAGAUGUUGUUGGUGUGGAUUUGGAAAUCGUAAAUAAAAAAAAUCCAUGUAAGUGCGAUGAAUUGAAGAAAGAAAAAUUAUUAUUGGCCAAAAAACUUGAAGAAUGUCACCAAGAAUGUCAAGAAUACCGAAAUCUUAUUGAAGAAAAAGAUAAAAUUAACGAAGAUUUGCGUCAUAAAAUCGAAACAAUCGAAAAUAAAAUCGAAAUAACGAAACAACGUGAUCCUGAACGGGUGGCAAUACAAGAUAAAAUUUAUGUGCAAAAAUUUGGAAAAAAAUUUUACGAUUAUUUUUUAAAUGAUUUCGAUUUAUACAGAUAUAAAUUUCCGAAUUUCAACGAUUCGAUCAUGAAAUUAUUGAACGAUAAAGACCAACAAGUCAAUACUGGCGAUAUGAAUGGUCAAUUAAACAACAUGAUUGAUGAUAUCAUAGAAGAUUUAAAAUCAAAGCUUCUCUUAGCAGAUAUCGGUGCUGAUAAGAUAUCUGAUAAGAGAUUGCUUUUGAAUAGUAUAUCUGGAACAAUAUUCAGAUUCAUUUUUAAAAAAUUAAUGAGCCGAUUUCCGCUGCUGGAGCAGAAAUACAAUAGUUUAAAUUUAAAUUUGGAAAAAAAUCUAUUGCAAUGUUUAAUGGAUAAAGUUUGCAACAAAAAAAAUGGGACACGGAAGCUGUAUCGCAAAAAAUAUAAAAAUUUACCUGAUUUGCAUUAAGUGGACAUUCGAUUAAAUUCUUUCAUUGCAUUUUUUUUAUAUCAUAUUUUUUGUAUUCAAUUUUUUAUUUUGUAUUCAAUGUCAAAAAAAAAAAAACAAUAAAC